AAAAAAUCAUAAACAAACAAAGCCUCAGCAACUCUGAGUCUUCCUGACACCAGCUAUAUUCCUCGCUCGUCUGAAACGGUGGGUCAGUGAAGGUUGCUGCUACGCCGAAGACAGUACAGUAACGACACGGCGACACCGAUAAUUUGUAAAAAGCUUUAUUUAAGGCCUGUAAAUUUGUUCAGAUAAGCUGCUCUAUCCAAUUCGUUAGCAAAUUCGUUUCUUCGAUUUCUGUUGCUUUACUGGUUCGAGCCGCGAUCCCAAGUCAACCAGUUGGCUCUUUCAUAACAUCUGGUUUCUUCUUGCGUAACGUAGUUAUGAUGAAAAUUUGUUAUCAGAUCUGAAAUGCAAAAGUCAAACAGGGCUUACGUUGACUUUGGAUUAUGAUGGUUUAGCUUCAAGCAAAUGCACAGUCUCACUUUUCACUGCAAUUGCUGAUUGACUGUUGGCUGAUCUGCUGUGUUGUUUAAGUUCAAAUUCUAAACUUGUUUCUGGUAAACUUGUUCUGUAGUGCUUGUUCCUAAUUUUUUUCGGUCAUCAAAACAAUGUCUCAUAUAAGAGAGUUUGAACACCUCAAAAUAACGUUAGAAGCCAUAAAAUCUGCAACCAACAACUUCUGUCUUGAGAAUUGGAUCGGAAGAGGAGGAUUUGGGAAUGUGUAUAAGGGAGAAAUCGUCCAUUCCAAGGGGCAGUCAAUGGUUGCUUUCAAGCGUUUAGACCGUGCAUUUGGGCAAGGAAACCCUGAGUUUUGGAAGGAAAUCACAAUGCUAUCACUUUACAAACAUGAAAAUUUGGUCCAUCUGUUAGGAUUUUGUGACGAGAGUGAUGAGAAGAUUCUUGUUUAUGAUUAUGCAUCCAAUAGAAGUCUAGACUUUCAUCUCAAUAGCAAUGCUUUAACUUGGACCCAACGCUUGAAGAUAUGCAUUGGGAUGGCUCGUGGAUUAGCAUACCUUCACAAUUCUGUCGUCGACACCCACGUUAGAGUGUUGCAUCGUGACAUCAAAAGUUCCAACAUCCUAUUGGAUGAAAAUUGGAACGCAAAGAUAUCAGACUUUGGACUGUCCAAAUUUGCUAAAGCUAGCAAGUUCACAUUUCUUUUCACCUCUGCUGUAGGCACGCUUGGAUAUUGUGAUCCGCUAUACGCGGAGACUGGGUUUCUAACAAAGGAGUCUGAUGUUUACUCUUUCGGUGUGGUAUUGUUCGAAGUAUUGUGUGGGAGGUUGUGUAUUUGUAAAAACGAUGACCGUCCCUUAACAGGGUUGGCGCGAGAAUGCUACGAACAAAAAAAAAUACAUACAAUUAUUUAUGGUUAUAUACGAGAUGAAAUAAACCAUAAUUCAUUGAGGGCUUUUACAACAAUAGCUUAUCGAUGCUUGAAGAGAGAUCGUGAAGAACGUCCGUCAAUGACGGAUAUCGUCAGAAUGCUUGAAACUGCACUCGAAUAUCAAAUUAAUAAACAAAGCUGGGAGCUCCCUGAUAUAGUUGAUUCCUUUCACCUUAAAGCUCUACGUUUGCCAGAUUCAAUGGAUGCCAGCAAGGUUAUGCGGUUGACCUAUACAAAUUCUGGCUUAUCUUUGCUUGCACUUGCUUCAAAUGGCGUUCAUAAACUCUGGAAAUGGCAACAAAGUGAACUCAAUCCAUCUGGGAAGUCGACUGCAUCUAUUGUCCCACAACUAUGGCAACCAACAAAUGGAGCUCUCAUGUCUAAUGAUGUGAAUGAGAGUAAAUCUGCUGAAGAGUCUGCAGCAUGCAUUGCUUUGUCAAAGAAUGAUUCUUAUGUCAUGUCUGCAUCUGGUGGGAAAGUCUCCUUGUUCAACAUGAUGACUUUUAAGGUCAUGGCAACUUUCAUGCGUCCUCCCCCUACAGCUACAUACUUGGCUUUCCAUCCACAAGACAAUGAUAUUGUUGCCAUAGGAAGGGAAGAUUCAAUUAUACAAAUUUACAAUGCAAGACUUGAUGAGGUCAUAAUCGAACUCAGAGGUCAUCAGAAACAGAUUACAGGACUUGCUUUCUCACGGACUUUACUUGUUUCAUCAGGAGCUGAUGCUCAGCUAUUUAUCUGGGAUCUUAUUGGAUGGGAGAAGAAGAAAUCAAGAAGCAUACAGUUGCCACCUGGUCAUUCUUCCUCUCUAGUUGGAAAAACUACAGUUCAAUUCCACAAUGAUCAACUUCAUCUUCUAGUUGUUCAUGAAAGUCAAAUUGCUAUUUAUGACCACCAACUGGAGCGCUUGAGAUUGUGGUCUCCAAGAGAAUCUCUUUCUGCUGCAAUUUCAAGUGCAAUAUAUUCAUGCGAUGGCAUGCUAUUAUACACUGGAUUUUCGGAUGGUGCUGUUGGAGUUUUUGAUGCAGAAACUUUGAGGCUUCGAAGUCGUAUAGCACCUUCUGCCUUCGUAUCCUCAUCAAUUUCCAGGUUGGAACAAGAAUCUACUUUUUUCUUCAAUAUGAAAUAUUUUGAGGAACAAGUUCAAGCUGGUGAAUGGGAUGAGGUUGAGAAAUAUCUAUGUGGGUUUACAAAGGUUGAAGAUAAUCGUUACUCACUUAAGAUAUUCUUUGAAAUAAGGAAACAAAAGUACCUUGAAGCUCUUGAUAGGAAUGACAGAGCAAAAGCUGUUGAAAUUCUUGUAAAAGAUUUGAAGGUCUUUUCGACUUUUAAUGAAGAGCUCUUCAAAGAGAUCACACAGCUACUAACUCUUGAUAAUUUUAGGCAGAAUGAGAAGCUUUCAGAUUAUGGGGACACCAAAUCAGCAAGAAGCAUUAUGUUGGUUGAACUGAAAAAGCUUAUAGAAGAAAACCCUUUGCUUACUGAGAAGCUAACUCUUCCUGUAUCUAUAGCUUCACAACUGCUGACAUUGAUAAAUCAAAGCAGCUAUCGCAGGGCAUAUCCGGCAGUGAUUGCAUCACAUCCAUCGGAUCCAAACCAAUUUGCUCUUGUAAUGAGCGAUGGUUCUGUCCACGUCAUCGAGCCAGCCGAUGCAGAUCCAAAGUGGGGUGGAUCAACGUCUCAGGAUGAUAAUGCGGCUUUACCUUUACCAUUACCAUCUUCUAAUCCUUCAAAUUCUGCUUUGAAUAGUCAACCAUUAGAUAAGCAAGGUACAUAACAUAACAUAAUAGUUCUUUAUUUUUGUUUAUUUUUUAUGAUGGGGUUUAGACUCGAUAGACGCCUCUCAAGGGUUUGCGUAGUAUUGUAAAUUUUAGAUUAUAGUUUUGCUUUUUCUUGAUAGAGAGAUAUAUAUAUGAGUGUUUUUUUAAGUUUAUGUAGAAGGAACGAGUUAAUAGAAAUAACAUGUGGUGUGCUUCUUUAACAA